UUUCUGGAAAUAAAUAAAACAAGAAAUUAAUUAGAAAAAAGAAAGAAAGGAAAAACGGAAGCUACUCUUGUUGGGUAGGUGGUGCCAAGUCGAACGUUCUCCCUUUCUCUCUCUCUCGCUCCAAUCCUUUCUCUCUCGCUCUAGAUUCACUGAUCAAAUCCCUGAUCCGAUCUGUAAGUUAGUACAUCUCCUUCUCCUUCCGUUUAUUUCCAAUGCGUUCGAUUCAAUCCCCAGAUUCCUAAUAUUUUUUGUAUUGUAUUUUAUGUUUUGAUCUUAAGUUAUACUUCUCUAAUUACAGAGAUCCCUCUCUGAUUUUGGCCUUUUAGAUCUUUUUAGUUUUUGGAUCUCGGUGUUUUGAUUAAAUUACAGCUCGAAUUUUAGGUGUGAAAUAGGGAAAAUUGGAGGGCAAAAUUGGUCUUGAGAAUUUUUGUAGAUCGUUAGGGUUAAAUCAGUGGUAUUUUAGAUGGCUACGAAUCCUCCAUUUAACGUGAUGGAGGAUCAGACGGAUGAGGAUUUCUUUGAUAAGUUAGUUGAUGAUGAUUUUGGGCCCCCUAAUUUGGAUUCGGGCCCUAAAAUCACAGAGGGAAGUGAUUCUGAUGAGGCGAAAGCCUUUGCCAAUCUCAGUAUUGAGGAUACAAAAGGUGGAUUCGAGGGGAAGGUUGAAAAUGAUGGUGCAGGAUUGGAUGGUGUGGAGGCGGAGGAGAGUAAUGCGUUGGAGUCAGUGAAUUCGUUGGGCUUGUCUGAUGGGGUGAUUGAGUCAAAUAACCAUGGGAUUGGAUCGGAGGUUGUGCCUGAGACUACUGUUUGUCAAAGCAGUGGAUCAUUGAAAUCAGGGGUUAAGGAAGUGGGGUGGGGUUCGUUUUACGCAGAUUAUGCGGAAAAUGGGAAUCAUGGUUUUGGUUCGUCCUCUGAUUUUUUUAAUGAUUUUGGACGCGGUUCAGAAGAUUUUCCUGCAAAUAUAGUUCAAAAGGCUAGUAAUGUAGAGAAUAUGGGUGGUGGAGGUUUGGAUAAUUCGGUCAGUUAUGAGCAAUAUCAAGAUGGUUCACAAGUUUAUGGAGGAUCGGUGAUGGAGAGUGUGAAUGGACUGGACUCGAGUAGCGGUCAGUAUUGGGAAAACAUGUAUCCUGGAUGGAAGCAAGAUGCAAACACUGGGCGGUGGUAUCAAGUGGAUGCUUUUGAUGCUACAGCAAGCAUGCAAGGGAGUGCCGAUGGUGCUUUGGGGGUUGAAUGUGUGGCUGCUUCGGCCUCAAUCUCUGAUGGGAAAACAGAGGUUAAUUAUUUGCAGCAGACUUCACAGUCUGUGGUGGCAACUGUGGCUGAGACUAGUACAACCGAGAGUGUGUCUAGCUGGAAUCAGGUUUCCCAAGGGAAUAAUAAUGGUUACCCUGAACAUAUGGUUUUUGACCCACAAUAUCCUGGUUGGUAUUAUGAUACAAUGGUGGGAGAAUGGCGCUCAUUGGACAGUUACACACCAUCUGCACAAUCAACAACUGUUCAAACUAAUGAUCAGCAGAAUCAAAAUGGAUUCGCAUUUAGCAAUCCUUAUUCCCCAAAUAGUAGUAGCAUGAAUGCUGAGUACGGACAAGCUGACAAGUAUGGCUAUCAGGGCUAUAAUAGCCAAGGCCUACAUGGCAGCGGGGGUGAGUCUUAUGGUAGCUACAAUCAACAGGGUUUGAAUAUGUGGCAACCUCAGACUGCUGCCAUGACAGAUACUAUUUCGAAUUUUGGUGGAAACCAGCAAUUAGAGAAUUUAUAUGGUUCAAAUGUGUCCAUGAACAACCAUGUUGAUCAACAGAAUGCUUUUAAUUAUUCAGGGACAGUUCCAUCAUAUGACAAAGCAAGUCAAGGUUAUGCUGAGGCUAACGGAUUUGUUGGGUCACAAAGUUUUGUACAGGGCGGGAACUUCAGUAAGAAGAGUAAUCAGGAAACUGUAAAACAGAAUGAACAAGCAAUCUUUUCAAAUGAUUACUUUAGCAGUCAGAAACAAGCAAGUGUUCCCCAUCAAUCAUUUCAGAGCAACCAGCAGUUUUCUUAUGCUCCCAACACUGGAAGAUCAUCUGCUGGGCGUCCUCCACAUGCACUGGUUACUUUUGGAUUUGGUGGGAAGCUCAUAGUGAUGAAAGAUAGCAGUUCUCUUAGGAAAACAUCCUUCAGCAGCCAGGAUCAUGUAGGAAGCUCAAUCUCAGUUAUGAAUUUGAUGGAGAUUAUUUUAGGAAGUAGUGAUAAUGCUUCAAGUGUUGGAGGGGGCACUUGCAGUUAUUUUCAUGCUCUCUGCCAACAGUCCUUUCCAGGUCCUUUGGUGGGCGGAAAUGUUGGAAAUAAAGAAUUGAAUAAGUGGAUUGAUGAGAGAGUUGCACACUGUGAAUCACUUGGUGUAAAUCAUAGAAAAGGCGAAGUAUUGAGGUUGCUUCUCGCUUUACUGAAAAUAGCUUGUCAGCAUUAUGGAAAACUUCGAUCUCCAUUUGGAACUGACAAUUUAUUGAAGGAGAGUGAUGCUCCAGAAUCAGCAGUUGCAAAACUCUUUGCAUCUGCCAAGAAGAAUAGCACACACUUCAAUGAGUAUGGUGCCCUUGACCACUGCUUGCAGAAUAUGCCCUCUGAAGGACAAAUUAGGGCAACUGCUUCUGAGGUACAACAUCUUCUGGUUUCUGGAAGAAAAAAAGAGGCUUUACAAUGUGCACAAGAAGGCCAGUUGUGGGGACCAGCACUUGUUCUUGCGUCACAGCUUGGUGAUCAGUACUAUGUUGAUACUGUCAAGCUAAUGGCACUUCGCCAGCUGGUAGCUGGUUCUCCUUUGCGAACAUUAUGCUUGCUAAUAGCAGGGCAACCAGCUGAGGUAUUUUCCACAGAUUCUAAUGUACAUGGUGGCUUUCCUGGUGAUUUGAGUAUCCCUCAACAACCUGUCCAGUUUGGGGCAAACAGAAUGCUUGAUGACUGGGAAGAGAAUUUGGCUGUAAUAACUGCAAACAGAACAAAAGAUGAUGAACUUGUGCUCAUACAUCUUGGAGAUUGCCUAUGGAAGGAUAGAAGUGAGAUUACUGCUGCACACAUCUGCUAUUUAGUAGCAGAAGCAAACUUUGAGUCGCAUUCAGACACUGCAAGGCUAUGCCUAAUUGGAGCAGAUCACUGGAAGCAUCCCCGAACAUAUGCUAAUCCAGCGGCUAUUCAGAGAACUGAGUUGUAUGAAUACUCAAAGGUGCUUGGUAACUCCCAGUUUAUCUUGCUACCGUUUCAGCAAUAUAAGCUUAUCUAUGCAUACAUGCUGGCUGAAGUGGGCAAAGUCUCUGAUUCACUUAAGUAUUGUCAGGCUGUUUUAAAAUCCCUAAAAACUGGUCGAGCUCCUGAAGUAGAAACAUGGAAGCUUUUAGUAUUAUCCCUUGAGGAAAGGAUUAGAGCCCAUCAGCAGGGUGGAUUCACCACAAAUUUGGCUCCAGGAAAGAUAGUUGGCAAGUUGCUCAACUUUUUUGACAGUACUGCACAUCGUGUUGUUGGGGGCCUGCCACCACCCGCACCAUCAGCAUCUCAAGGAAGUGUGCCAGAUAGCCAUCACCAGCUGGUGGCUCCCAGAGUAUCAGGUAGUCAGUCAACAAUGACCAUGUCAUCGCUAAUAUCUUCUGCUUCAACAGAGCCCAUAAGUGAAUGGGCAGCUGAUGGCAAUAAAAUGACAAUGCAUAAUAGAAGUGUUUCAGAGCCAGACUUUGGUAGAAGUCCAAGACAGGAUCAGGCUGAUUCAUCUACACAAGGAACUCCUUCCAGCACACAAAGCAAGGCAUCAGGUUCAGUGGGGUCAUCUCGGUUUGGUCGUUUUGGUUUUGGAUCACAGCUUUUGCAGAAAACUGUAGGGCUAGUCUUAAGGCCUCGCUCAGAUAAACAGGCUAAAUUGGGUGAAAAGAACAAAUUUUAUUAUGAUGAAAAGCUCAAGAGAUGGGUGGAGGAAGGUGUUGAACCCACAGCUGAAGCAGCAGCCUUGGCACCCCCUCCAACAACUCUAGGCUUCCAGAAUGGAGGCUCUGACUACAACUUGAAAUCUGCUUUGACGAAUGAAGUGUCUCUGACUGAUGGGAACUCAACGUUUAAGAGUCCCACUUCAACAGACCAUCCUUCAGGGAUUCCGCCUAUUCCAGCCAGUUCAAAUCAAUUCUCGGCUCGUGGGCGCAUGGGUGUCAGGGCAAGGUAUGUUGACACCUUUAACCAAGGUGGUGGAAAACCAGCAAAUCUGUUCCAGUCCCCGUCUGUUCCAUCUGUCAAACCUGCUGUUGCUUCAAAUGCGAAGUUUUUUGUUCCCGCGCCCGCACCCACACCAUCAUUAGAAUGUUCUAUGGAAGCUAUAGCAGAAAACAUACAAGACAAUGCACCCACUGAGAAACCUUCUACAUUCAAUAUGAAGGAGAAUGAUUAUCCACAGCCUUCCACAUCUUCAUCAGCAAUGGCUAUGCAAAGAUUUCCAAGCGUGGAUAACAUUACGAGAAAGGGGGGUAUGAUAAAUGGGAAAGACUUGGUUUCAUCCAACUCACGACGAACAGCGUCAUGGAGCGGGAGCUUCAGUGAUUCAUUUAGUCCUCCUAAGGCAAUGGAAUCCAAAUCUCCAGGGGAGGCUAUGGGCAUGAUCCCUUCAUCAUUUAUGCCUAGCGACCAAUCCAUGACACGAAUGCCAAGUAGUAGCAGUUUUGGAGAUGAACUUCAUGAGGUGGAACUUUAAUUUGAGCAAUGGAGAUGUACAUACCAAGUUUUGCUCCUUGUGGUCGAUGCAAUACUUGGACGGGCUCCAUCCAGCACAUCCUGGAAGAUGCUCAGUGGUGCUGCAUCAGAAUCGGGUCAUGGAGAAGCAAAACAUGUUUUCUAUCAAAAUUUCCACAAUCCUUCCCACCUCCUCUAAAUGUAUGUUCAAAUGCAGAUGGCGAAUGUAUUACUGUAAUCUUAAGCAUAGAUUUUGUAUGAAUGUCACAGGAGUUGCCACCAUCAGAGGUUUGAGGAGCUGGUUUUUUAACCAUAAAUCAAAGAAACCCUGCGUUGGCACACCAUUGUACAGUUAGUUCAUUUGUUCAUUUGUUGGGAAGAGUAAAUGUCCAUUGGAAGUAGCUAGUAGAAAUCCCCUCGGGCUCAGAGGUCUUUUCCAGGGGAAACAUAGUGUACUCAUUUUCCAAAAAAAGAAAACGAGAGAAAAAUAAAACGUCUUUUAUGUUCAAUUGUAUUCCAAUGUAUGCUUUCAGAAGUUGAA